CUUGCUUGUCCUCAUUGGCGGGGAGAUGUAGAGAGAGAGAGAGUGAGUGAGCGAGCGAACGAGGGAGCGAGCAGGAUCCAGAUAGAGGGGGAAACUGAUGAGAGCAGCGCAGAGUGAGGAGGGGGGAGUCCAAACUCAUUGUAUCUGCAUAAGGGAAAGAAGACCGCUGAUUAUCUUCUGACCAUCUGAACCAUGAGCUGGUGACCAUCUGCUUUCAUCAUGAAGAGGAAAGACUUUGGUUUACGUCCAUAGUGGAUGCUUUAUGCACUGAUGAAGCACAGGAUCACCAAGGACUAUUCUCCAAGUAGAAGGACUUGUUGUCUGCUUUGAGUCUCAGAUUAAUCCAAAUCCUUCCUAGUUGUGUGGAUAAUGUUGGGAUUUAACAGAAAGAAGUUCAAUGCAGUGAACCAGACUAUGGAGGUCUUUUUGUUCAUAUUUCUAAAGGGAAAUUAUUUGCCAUGAUUCUUUGGACUGUAUCAUGUGGACCCUCCUGGCUAACCUGCACUGUAAGGAGAACUGUGAUCCUGUGGGUCCGAGUGUAUUUGUUGGACUGAAUGCCCACAGCGGUACGAGAGUGUGGAAGUGAGAGAGGAAAACAAUUCUGGACCAAUCUUUCUUUACAAUGAGAGUUCCACCUGAUGUGGCUGCAGUUUCCUGUCUUUGUCCUCUGGUUAUCUUCCUAUGUGUCGUCUCCCAGAGUUGUUGUGGGAUCCGGGUAAGUCUGAACCCUCACAUCACCUACCCAAACACCAGCCUGUACCCUCAUCUGGGGCCCAAAUCACAGCCUGGAACGAUCCUGCUCCCGAGCUCCAGUCCUGAAGAAGAUACGUCUCCACUGAGGUCCAGCCAGCUCUCGAGUUCUCGCCAGAACCUCCGGAGGAAGCCUCAAUUAAAACCUUGGGAUCUUACCAGCAACUACAGGUCCAACACAAACUCUCCGUCAGAAAUCUCCAAGACCUCGUCAAACUCAGACACAGAGCUCAAACCACACAUCGUGCCCAAACUGAACUUUAUUUCACAGCAAGGGUCGGCGAGAAAUAUCUCUAACAACCCAAAGCAAUCUGCAGAAUGGAAACCACGGAUCAGAUCCCAGCCAAGCCAAAAGCCUAGGACAAUCCCAAAGUCUCCUGUAGGAACCAGAACUAGCAUUGAAUCUGAGUCAGGACCUGUAACUAAAUUAACUACACUAUCCAGUCUUAACCAUAAGUCCAACUCUUCUGGUUCUGUUCGAUCCAGUACUGCCAAUAAACCCAGUCCAGCGUCACUAUCAAGACCUAAAUCUCAUGCCAGACUCAGAUCUCCUUCACAAACCAACGCCAAGAUCACAAACCAAAACUCGAAGUCACAAAGGAACCAGACCAAGUCAGUGGAGACAGACAAGGAUCCCCCCCAGCGGCCCAGGAGAGGCUGGAUCUGGAACCAGUUCUUUGUUCUGGAGGAACACAUCGGACCUGAACCUCAGUACGUUGGAAAGCUGCACUCCAACUCUGACAAGGCCGAUGGCUCCGUGAGGUACAUCCUGUCCGGUGAGGGGGCCGGGUCCAUCUUCAUCAUUGACGAGACAUCGGGUGACAUUCACGCCGCCCAGAGCCUAGACCGAGAGAGGAAGUCCCAGUACGUGCUACACGCGAGGGCCAUCGACAGGCGGACGAACCGCUCGCUGGAGGCGGAGUCAGAGUUCAUCAUCAAGGUUCAGGAUGUCAACGACAACGCUCCGACGUUUCCUGAUGGACCGUUCUCAGCGUCCGUGCCUGAGAUGUCUGAUGUUGGAAAAUCCGUUUUCCAGGUGAUGGCCUCAGACGCAGAUGACCCGACCUACGGGAACAGUGCGAAGGUGGUUUACAGCAUGGUGGAGGGACAGCCGUACUUCUCUGUGGACCCAAAGACAGGUAUCAUCCGCACUGCGGUGUCUAACAUGGACCGAGAGACCAGAGACCUGUACCCCGUGGUGAUCCAGGCCAAAGACAUGGCGGGCUCAGUGGGGGGACUGUCUGGAUCGACUACUGUCAACAUCACCCUCACCGACGUCAACGACAACCCUCCCAAGUUUGUCCAGAAGAGCUACCAGCUGUACGUACCUGAGCUGGCUGAGGUGGGGAAGGCCGUGGGUCGGAUCAGAGCCAACGAUGAGGAUGAAGGUCAAAACGCUGAGAUGACCUACAGGAUCACCAACACAGAGGCAGCGGCCAUCUUCUCCAUAGCCACUGACGCUGAGCGCGGGGAGGGGGUCAUCUCCCUCAAACAGUCUCUCAACUAUGAAAAGAGAAAAGUUCACACACUCAACAUCGAAGCGUCCAACACGUUCCUGGACCCCCACUUCUCCCACCUGGGGCCGUUUAAGGAUUCCACGUCGCUGCGGGUCAUUGUGGGCGACGUGGACGAGCCUCCUGUCUUCUCCAUGGAUUACUACAUCAUGGACGUGUAUGAGAACUCACCUGCUGGGACGCAGGUUGGCACUGUGACUGCCAUGGACCCUGACAGCACCAACAGUAGAGUCAGGUUCUUCAUAGAGAACGAGGAGGAGACACUUUUGUAUUUCACCAUUGGAGUGAACAGCGGCGUCAUCAGGACCACACAGGUUCUGGACCGGGAGGUGGCCGCGUGGCACAACAUCACCGUGGUGGCUGCAGAGGUUGAUAACCCUCGCAUGGUGAGUCACGUCACGGUCACCAUCCAGCUCCUGGAUGUCAACGACAACAUUCCAGCCAUCUCAGGGGGCAAUGAUGUCAUCAUAGUGUGUGAAAGCACCAAAAGUGGACAGGUUAUUCAGACCCUCCGGGCAGCAGAUCUCGACAACUUUGCUAAUGGGAAGUUUUCCUUCUAUGUGCCUGCUGAAUAUCCAGCCAAUCCAAACUUCACACUGAAGGACAACGGAGACAACACUGCUAGUAUAGUAUCUCGUCGGCGUGACGGCUUCAGCCAGGACAGGGACCAGGAGUUGUUCAGCCUGGUGCUGGUGGUGUCUGAUGGUGGGGAGCCACCGCUCAGCAGCACUGCUACCAUCUCCCUCAGGGUGUGUGAGUGUCAGAGGAACACCAGGGGGCGUAACAACAACGUCUGCCAGGCCCAGGCCUUCCUGUCCUCGGCUGGCCUCAGCACGGGGGCUUUUGUGGCUAUCCUGCUGUGUAUUGUCAUAUUAUUAGCCAUAGUGAUGCUGUUCACCCAGCUACGGAACAAGAAAGCCAGCAAAGAGCCUUUGAUUCUGUCUGAGGAGGACAUCAGAGAGAACGUGGUGACCUACGAUGAUGAGGGAGGCGGGGAGGAGGACACAGAGGCCUUUGACAUCGCUGCACUUAGAAAUCCCAAAGCCUCGGAGCCUCGCCGGAAGCUCCACGCCUACCUCAGCUGUGGACCGAGCCCCUACGAGACGGAGGAGGAGGAGGAUGACGAGGAGAGGUUUGUGGUGUGGAGGAGGAGGAGGAAAUCACAGGAGAUGGACUACAGAAACUACAGCCCAGAGUCGGAUCCGGGCUGGUUUGUCAUUGACAGCAUUCCUCGUGAGCUCAGCCAGUCAGCGCCCUCGGUUCUGCUGGAGGGUCAUGACAUCAUCCAGCAGAUCCUGCAGCAGAAAGUGGCCAAAGCAAACUUAGAUACUCGGGGCCCACCAUAUGACUCACUCCAAACGUAUGCUUAUGAAGGCUGUGGGUCCUUGGCCGGGUCGGUCAGCUCUUUGGGCUUAACUGGGGCACUGCCCGAACUGAACUAUGCGGACUUGGAGGACUGGGAGCCAGAUGAGCAAAUACUGGAACGAAUUGUUGGAGAGCAGUUGGCCACAAGCCUGGCUAACUCUGACUCAUAAAGGAUUACCAUCCCAAGGUUUUGUUUUGAACUUUUUUUUGUAACAUUGUCCAGAUCUGUCCAGAGACGGAUCACUUUUUACUGUUGCCAUGGGAGCAAUGAUGCAGAAUUACUAUCCCUGAAAUGCUGGCAAUUUGAAAGUGUGACAUUAUAUAAAAUCAGAGGAUUAGAAAAGCCAUGUGGAUAAUAGAAAACAGAAGCCUGGGAGAUUUGGAUGUGAGCUUUUUCUGAAAUGAGUCAAAAGCAAAAAAAAGCAGGAUGUAGGCUAUGAAGAGCGGGGUUUAAAAUUGACAGGUCAAUUUGCAUAAGGCGUCAUCUCUCUGCUUGUUACGUGUGUCAGCGGAAAACGUUCACCCCUUACUGCUGCUUACGACUCCAAACCCCCGGGGUCAGAGUCUAGAUUUGACGUUCAGGUCCCCAUUCAUCCAUUCUUUGCAGGAACGUUGAGUUUUUUGUUGAUCAGAAAGUCAAAAAGAUGCCGGAUACUGAGAGGAAUCUUAGAUGUUCUACAGGUUAUAUGCCCCUCCAUGGAAAAUGGAUAAAUGAUUCUGAUUAUGGACUGCAUUCUGUAGGGCAUGGCAUCCUAAAUCUCUUUGCAUGCAAACCAUGCAAACAGGUCAGCUCUAUCUUCCCGGGUCUUAGUAGGUCAAGACCGUUGGAUCCACAUUCCUACUCCACCUCCAUGCUCGCUUCACCUCUGACCUCUAUCUCUAUCAUCAGCUGUACAUGUUCUCUUCCAUUGAAUCCAAACCAGUUUGGAAAGUGUUCCUGUUGUUUUUUUAAAUAUGAUGUCUCAUUGUCACAUAUCAUCAGGCAGCAUCACAUGAACCAUCACUGCUAUGCAGAUGAUAUUGUGUUUUACAUUUGGGUUCAACAAGAUUACCUUAAAAGUGUUCAGACUAGGGUUGUCAGGAGAGAGAGCGGGAAUGGCAUGAGAAAGGAGCCACAGGCCAGAUUUGCACAGGCUGCAGGACAACAGCCCCUGUAACACAUUUUUUAAACGUAGAUAUGAUUCAGUAGAAAUCAAACAAUAUUGGGUCAUUUCUUGUUUUGACAAAAGAACUCCUGCACAAUUCCUAAAUUAGCAAAGUUUCAGAAAAGUUGCCGGUAUGUAUACAGUAUGUGCAAUUUACACAAGAAUAAGUCGAAGGACACUUCAAUUUUAAGAGCACGACACAAAUAUAAGCCAAGACGGAGACAAACAUGUUGCCAUGGAUACAGCCCUCACAGCACCUUUUGGUUCACGCUGUGACUCAAGUUCUGAUGUUUUUUUAAAGCGUCUGCACUCUUUGAUACGAUCAUUAAAACAAAAAGUGUCGUAACGUUUGAAACACACGGCAUCUAAAAGUUUUUAAUAUUCUGACCUUAGUUCAGACUAAAUCAAUCACUUCUCCCCUCGGGUUACUCCGCCACAGGAGUGUCUGUCUGGUUCAUUAACAUCACACAUUUCAGAAACAAGGCGAUUCAAAGUGCUAAAGAACGACCUCUGACUUUAUGUCCUUCCAUUUGAUAAGACCAAAUGUCCUCACACUGUAGCUCUAUUCAUCUCUUCAUUUCAAGCAGCUCAGACUUCAGUACGACGUUGGAGCACAUUGGUAAAGUGAACGGUCAGGCUUUGGUACGAGUUCCCUCUACUAUUAACCCUCGGUACAUCAGAUACAUCCUGAAACAGAACAAUGACACGGGCUGGUCAGAGUGAGAUCUUGCUGUGUGGUCGACCUAACGAGCUUUCACUCC